UUCACACUAUAGCAGGAGGAGAUUAUAGUGCCAUGUGACCAUGAUGUCAUCAACUCAUACCUUAUAAAGUUGACCGCCAGCCACUGGAUCUGUACAUGCAAGCAAGCGUCUUUCCCAAACCGUCUACAAGAGAUGGAGGCUCAAGACUGGAUUGAAUCAUCAAUACGAGCGUUUUUCUGCUUGACUGGCAUUAUAGGCAACUUCUGGCUGGGUUUGCGCUCUCUUCCCAAAUCCAGCUCUCAACUGCGACCCAACGACGUCCUCUUCAUGAACCUGGCCGCGUCCAAUCUGAUCACAAACUGCCUGGUGGAUCUUCCAGACACAUUGACGCAGUUUGUGAACAACUGGUUCAUGGGUAGGAACUACUGCGGCGUGCUUCAGUUCUCCUCCGAUCUCUCGGAGACCAGCAGCAUCUUCUCCACUAUGUUCAUCAGCGUGUAUUGGCACCAGAAGCUGGUGGGCUCCAUCAGACGCGGAGGAGCCCCGGUGCAGAUGGAUAAUUUGAGGUUAGUCGGCGUAUUGCUCGCUGGGAGCUGGAUCGUGGCGCUGAUGUUCAGCGUUCCCCACUUUUUCAUUGCAGAACACGAUGGGAACGAGACUUUAGAAGUCUGUGAGGAACGUUUCCCAACGCCUGCGGAGAAAAAGACGUUCGAUGCACUGUAUCUGAUUCUGGCGAACGUGGUUCCACUUGUUGGGAUCACCUACGCCAGCGUGCGGAUCGUCUUAACGCUGCUCCGGAGUCAAAAACGAAUCACGGACCACUCCAAAGGAAGAAAUGCACCACCUACAGAAGAAAAUAUGGCUAAAGUCGUGAAUACCGUCGCCGACUCCCAACAGAAGACGCAGGUCAGAUCCAAUACGAGUAAUCAGGUUCGAGCAGCCAAAAGUGUGGUUGCAGUCGCCACCAUCUUCAUCUUCUGCUGGUUCACUCACCUUGUGCUCCGCAUCUACAGCAGCUUCAGAAACUCCAUCCUCGCUGUCAAACUCACCAAUUUUAUAGGAGCAUCUUACACCUGUUUCGUUCCCUAUGUGUACUUGCACGGUGUAAAGAAACUCAACUGCUCUUGGCGGUAAGAACUGGACUAGAAACCAUCUCAGGAAAGAAGCUUGAUUUGAUGAUUAAAGUAAACAACACUGUAUAUGCAAACACCUCUUGUUUUUUUAUGUGAAAUGUGGGAAUCGUAGUAAAGGAAUAUACAACUGGUUUAUCAUUUUUUCCACCACCAAAGCAGAAACAGAAGUGACUCUCCCUCCAGUGCUUUGGUAAUUGCUGCCAGCGAUCACUGUAAUUAUGUUCGUUAUGCCACUUAACAAAUUAUAAAUCUGCACGUGAGUGCAAUUC